CACUCGCUCGCACCUCGCUUGCGCCAGCCCUUCCCGCUCUUCUGUUCUCGCUCUAUUUGCCCCGCUGACUGCCGGCCUCGCCAGCUUUGCCAGUCUUACGUCUCUGCCACCCCCACUCCCGCCCGCGCCCCAUCUUCUUGCACGGCUCACGCCCGCUGGUUCCCCCCCGCCUCCCCCGUCCUGCCUGCCCCCUCCUCCUCCUGCUCUCGCAGGCUCCUUGGCACCCAGGCUGGGAAGCGACGCUCCCAGCCGUCUAAGCGGGAACAGCUCUGGUUGAGGGAGCUGCAGCGCAGCUGAGGAUCUGACGGCCCCAGGUUGCGUAGGUGCGGCACAAGGAGUUUCCCCCGCAGCAAGGAGGUCCUGAGCAGCAUGGCCCGGAGGAGCGCCUUCGCUGCCGCCGCUCUCUGGCUCUGGAGCAUCCUCCUGUGCCUGCUGGCACUGCGGGCGGAGGCCGGGCAGCCGCGGGAGGAGAGCCUGUACCUGUGGAUCGAUGCUCACCAGGCGAGAGUACUCAUAGGAUUUGAAGAAGAUAUCCUGAUUGUUUCAGAGGGGAAAAUGGCACCUUUUACACAUGAUUUCAGAAAAGCGCAACAGAGAAUGCCAGCUAUUCCUGUCAAUAUCCAUUCCAUGAAUUUUACCUGGCAAGCUGCAGGGCAGGCAGAAUACUUCUAUGAAUUCCUGUCCUUGCGCUCCCUGGAUAAAGGGAUCAUGGCAGAUCCAACCGUCAAUGUCCCUCUGCUGGGAACAGUGCCUCACAAGGCAUCAGUUGUUCAAGUUGGUUUCCCAUGUCUUGGAAAACAGGAUGGGGUGGCAGCAUUUGAAGUGAAUGUGAUUGUUAUGAAUUCUGAAGGCAACACCAUUCUCCAGACACCUCAAAAUGCUAUCUUCUUUAAAACAUGUCAGCAAGCUGAGUGCCCAGGCAAAAAAAAAAAUGGAGGCUUUUGUAAUGAAAGACGUAUCUGCGAGUGUCCUGAUGGGUUCCAAAAAAAAAACUGUGAGAAAGCCCUAAAAAAAAAACGGUGUAUGAAUGGUGGACUUUGUGUGACUCCUGGUUUCUGCAUCUGCCCACCUGGAUUCUAUGGAGUGAACUGUGACAAAGCAAAUUGCUCAACCACCUGCUUUAACGGAGGGACCUGUUUCUACCCUGAAAAAAAAAAUUGCCCUCCAGGACUAGAGGGAGAGCAAUGUGAAAUAAGCAAAUGCCCACAACCCUGUCGAAAUGGAGGUAAAUGCAUUGGUAAAAGCAAAUGUAAGUGUUCCAAAGGUUACCAGGGAGACCUCUGUUCAAAGCCUGUCUGCGAGCCUGGCUGUGGUGCACAUGGAACCUGCCAUGAACCCAACAAAUGCCAGUGUCAAGAAGGUUGGCAUGGAAGACACUGCAAUAAAAGGUAUGGAGCCAGCCUCAUACAUGCCCUGAGGCCAGCAGGCGCCCAGCUCAGGCAGCACACGCCUUCACUUAAAAAGGCCGAGGAGCGGCGGGAUCCACCUGAAUCCAAUUACAUCUGGUGAACUCCGACAUCUGAAACGUUUUAAGUUACACCAAGUUCAUAGCCUUUGUUAACCUUUCAUGUGUUGAAUGUUCAAAUAAUGUUCAUUACACUUAAGAAUACUGGCCUGAAGUUUAUUAGCUUCAUUAUAAAUCACUGAGCUGAUAUUUACUCUUCCUUUUAAGUUUUCUAAGUACGUCUGUAGCAUGAUGGUAUAGAUUUUCUUGUUUCAGUGCUUUGGGACAGAUUUUAUAUUAUGUCAUUUGAUCAGGUUAAGAUUUUCAGUGUGUAGUUGGCAGAUAUUUUCAAAAUCACAAUGCAUUUAUGGUGUCUGAGGGCAGGGGAACAUUCGAAAGGUUAAAUUGGGCAAAAAUGUGUAAGUCACAAGAAUUUGGAUGGAGCCAUUAAUAAUGUUGAAGUUACAGCAUUUCAGAUUUUAUUGUCAGAUAUUUAGAUGUUUGUCACAUUUUUUAAAAAUCGCUCUUAACUUUUAAACUCUCAAUACAGUAUAUUUUGACCUUACCAUUAUUCCAGAGAUUCAGUAUUAAAAAAAAAAAAUUACAUUGUGGUAGUGGCAUUUAAACAAUAUAAUAUAUUCUAAACACAAUGAAAUAGGGAAUAUAAUGUAUGAACUUUUUGCAUUGGCUUGAAGCAAUGUAAUAUAUUGUAAACAAAACACAGCUCUUACAUAAUAAACAUUUUAUACUGUUUGUAUGUAUAAAAUAAAGGUGCUGCUUUAGUUUUCUGA